CACAGAUGAGGACGUAGUUCAUAAGCUUAUAAAUGACAAGGUGACAGUUUUACACGGCGCUCAUUGACUCUAGCUUCGAGUUUGUCUCCUGGUCGUUGUGUAUUAAGUAGGAUUCAGACAUGUAUGCCUGCGCCAAGUUUGUCACUGCUCCCUCUGUGCUCCGUGGAGGCUCCAGAGUACUAGCGCGGCCUGUCUCUGUGUCUGUCUUCAACAGACCUGAAGCCAGAACUGAGCAGGCACCUCUCUUGCCUGUGAAUGGGGCAUCUUUUCUGAACGUGAGCCGGAGCUUUCAGACCAGUGCUGUUUCCAGAGACAUUGACACUGCAGCCAAGUUCAUUGGUGCUGGUGCUGCUACAGUGGGAGUCGCUGGAUCAGGAGCUGGGAUUGGGACAGUAUUCGGUAGCCUAAUCAUUGGCUAUGCCAGGAAUCCUUCCCUGAAACAACAGCUUUUCUCUUAUGCCAUCCUGGGUUUUGCCCUGUCUGAGGCCAUGGGUCUUUUUUGUCUGAUGGUGGCAUUCCUUAUCUUGUUUGCCAUGUAAUUUAGACCCGUCAUCCUGUUCUUGACCGUCCAUCCAGGGAUCAGAAUCUGAAGCAAAGCUCACAAGGCCAUGGCCAUGCCAUUCCAACAAACUACUAGAAAUGUCUGUUUCUCCCCUUCCUUUCCUCCAUGAGGUUUUUAAUGUAACUUCUCACUACAGUUUGGGACAAUCUGUCUGAAUAAAUGGGUGGGAUAACCUUA